UGGAGGCAAGAUUGAAAUAUUGGUGCGAUGUUGUACUCCUCUAUUAUGAGUGAAUUUCGUCAUGAAGUUGGAAGUUUAUAACCAGAUUUUGUCUUUGAUGCACAAAUAUGGCUCACGAGACUGUCUUAAGAGUAUUGCUCUCCAAUUUCCAGGGGUUACCUAUAAUACUUUGAUCAGCAUAUACUCUCAGGAUUACCAGAAAAAAACUCGCAAAAACCAUCACAAGCACCACAAACCUGCAGUAAUGGAGGAAUAUUAUCAAAGGUAUCUCGAAGGUGUUUCUGAAAACCUGAAUGAUCCUGUAAUGCUAAGACUGGCAGAAGAGGUUGAUCUUUCCCACUCUUUGUUUGCAAGAAUUGUACUUGAAAGAUAUCUAGCACAUUCAAGUUACAAUGGAGAAAAUCCUCCCAAGGGUGUUGUGAGCCAAAUAAUAAAAGACCCAUCAAUUCUUACAGAUAAAGUUCUGGCAUACGAAAUACAACAGUGCAUUUUGAAUGAUCCAAACUAUGGUCCACUGGUUGAUAAUAUCAAGAGAUCAGUUGGCUAUGAAUAUGAACUUAUUUUGAAGGAAAAGCUACAUAAUAGAAACAUUUCAUUCAUUGGUGAAGAAGAAAUGAGAGCUAAAGGUUAUGACAAAACUCCAGAUUUUAAACUCGAAAUACCAAUUGCUGUGGAUGGGUAUGUUGUGAACUGGAUUGAGAGCAAAGCAUCGUUUGGUGAUGAGUAUAGUCACCAGAAUUACUUGAGGGACCAGUUUUGGAGCUAUUGGAACAGAUUUGGUCCAGGCUUGGUGAUUUAUUGGUUUGGUUUCAUCGAUGAAUUGGACUGUAAUCGAGAUCGUGGGAUUAUUAUCAAGGAUUCGUUCCCCACAGAUAUUGUCUUACUUGACGAUUUACUGCAGGAGAAAACUUGAAUGUUGAUUUUUCGCACGCCCAUCCAAACCCACCUAGACAGGCGCAUGCGCAACAAGUCAAGAAAAGCAAAUCCAAGCCUAUCAAGUGAGCACGACUACACUUCAUUAAUGGUCGAAUUUCAUAUCCACGAGUUAUAAAGAACUGCGUAAGUUUGUAAACAACAGUGUCUACCCUGCGGUUCAAAAGGAUUUGGUGGUAAAAAGAAAAAUUACUGGAUUACUAAUUACUAGAGUCAAAAUUUCUAAACGGACUCUGCAGUAGCAGAAAGACUGAAACCCGACGUAUAAUCAGGUGCGUUAUGAUCACUUAUCGAUUUCUGGACGAACGACGAGGAUGUUUCUUCGUGAAUCGCGCAAUAAUCCUCGAUUCAGAUUGAUGGAAUAAAAUUUCAUUUGUAUCCAUCGCAACUAAUAAAAUGAACAACAGAAAAUAGAAAGAUUCAUAUGCAAAAACAAAUAUAU